UUGGUGGACGACAGGUGCGUCUUGCGGCCCUGCCAGGGCGGCUCCAUCGGGAGUGUUCCCGUGAAGUUCAGAGACUGUCUCUUCAAGGUAUGUCCGGUCAACAAAUAUUCAGCCAGGACUCAGUUCUGGAAGGCCGUGAAAGAGAGCAAAACGAAACCGUCAUUCGAUCACAACCUAAUAAAAAUAUACAUAAAAUAUAUACAAUAUGAGAUACGCAAUACAAAACAAUACAACAAAUACCCCAAAAUACAACAGCUACUGCAUUUAAAAAGCAACAAAUACCUGACCAUCAACAACCGCCUGCCAGCACUGUUAGAAAAAAAUGCGAUACGUCUGUAUCUCGAUCUAUCUGGGAACGAGGGGUCUUGGAUAUAUAUACAACCAUUCUACAAACUGCGGAGCGUUGGAGAUAAUGUAAUGUUGGGCGACAAAGCGAUAUUGCAACCAGUCAAUACAGGUGUACCAUUACACGCGAGUGCUGUAGAAUUACCAGACAAUCCAGGAUGUAAUGAGGUUGAUUGA